AUGACCAGUCCAACGCCGACUUGCACGGUGAAUGGAAAUGAUUGUGCAAAACUACAGUCGAGCUGGAGUAUGGCUCAUACAACAGAAACCCCAAUCCCAGACUUCCCGGUUCCAUGCACGACAUACAGAGCCUGCUCUUCUGUUUCCGCCGGUCCAUGCAGCCUGGUGGGAUCCAGUGUAAAGAUCUACUACUGGCCAACACCAGCAACUCAGCCACUCUGCCCUCAAACAAACACACUCAUGUCAACCAGUCAUCCAACGCCAAAAGCAGCAAAACCCGAGUCACCUGUGGUGAAGGUGAUUGACGGUCUGACAGUUACUUCGCCUUCGAUCUACAUAUCGAUACCAACAUUGUACGGGCAGUUCGGUGGGGUGCCAACAUAUCGAUUCACUGGCUGUGGUUCUGAACUAACGUCUCUAACACUAUCAAUCCCACAAUCGCCUAUUUCCACACUUACUAGACAGUCGAGGGGAAGGAGACCCACAUUCGAGAAUCCGAAGUCUUUUGCGCUGAGCACGUUGAACUGGCCGGUUUCGGCAACAAAAAUUUGCUCGGAAGUGACGAUUUGUGAAUGGAACGAUGCCAUAAGCACUUGCACGGACGUACUUAGCACUAGAUGUGCGACACCAACAAUCAACCCGUAUAAUUACGACCCGGCGCUUUUGCUGCCGACUGGCCUGGUCAGCCUGGCCGCAAAGAAAGAAGGCAGCUACCAGAGCUGUGUGGUUCACCCUGCGGCUGCUGCCGAUGCGACUUGGAUCCCAAUUACGACGCUUGCAGGGGAUCCAAGGUAUACCCAGGGAUGGUCAAGUACUUCGACGAUACCUCCAAUUACUCUUACGGCCGUACCUACACCCGAAAUCACUUCCAGUUGA